AUGACAGUGAAGCCACCACCUUCACCACUCAGGACAGGAGUGAAGCCACCACCUCCACAACUCAGGACACCACCACUCAUAAAGAAGAGGAAAAUAUCAACAAUCACUACUGUUUCAUGUUUCAUGAAAAACUUAGAAAGACUUGUGAGAUCUCAGCUCACUAAGGAUGAACACCGCAUCAUCAUUUGUCGUAGAUGCUUCACACACUACACCAUUAAGAAUAAUGGGGAGCAUAGGAUGAAAGAUCAUGAGGAGUACUGUGCCAAUAACCAGACUGCUAGGAUCAUCAUGCCUCAACUCAAGGAAGAUGGAAGUCCACCAACAAUGGAAUUUGAGAAACAUUUGAAUAAAUUCAGAAUACCAUUGGUGGCCUAUGCAGAUUUCGAAUGUCCACUAGAGGAGGCCGAGGAAGAGCAGCAAUGGAUUGGGAAUGCAACCAAAGUGAUCCAGCGUCACACCGCAAUGAGCUACUGCCUCUACUUCGUUAGAGAUAAGAACCCAUCACAAUCAUGGUUGACAAUCAUCAACCUCAUCCCUCAGGUACCAAUUGUCUACAGAGGACCUGAUGCAGCUAAACACUUCAUCAAAACUCUGACCAUGCAUGCAAGAGAUCUAGAUGAGGCAAUCAAUCAUCAUCAAAUAAAGAUGCUCCCACUUUUCGAGAGGGAGAAAGCCAGACACAAUGCUGCCACCAACUGUGAAGCCUGCGAGAAACCAUUCAAUGGUGACAAGGUGUAUGACCAUUGUCAUAUAACAGGAUUCUACCGGAACGCUCUGUGCAACAAGUGCAACCUUCAAAGAUGUCAUACAACAUUUAUCCCUGUUUUUCUUCACAACUUUUCCAAUUACGACACUCACUUGAUCACAACGCACUUUGGAACCAAUAAAAAGCAGCUGUCUGUCAUCCCAAACAAAUCAGAAAAGUACAUAUCAUUCACCAAACAAAUUUCCCAGCAACUGCACCUACGAUUCAUCAAUACAUUCAGAUUCACACCGGACAGCUCAGACAACCUAGUCACCAACCUUGUCAAGUCCACUGAAGAAGUGUCAACAGUGCUACCACAUACUGCUAGAGAAUUUGGAGACAAACUGGAAUUGGUUCCCAGAAAGGGUGUGUUCCCCUAUGAAUAUUGUAACUCAUGGGAGAAACUGGAGGAGACCCCACUACCACCAGAGGAAACGUUUUUCAACAAGCUAACUGACAGCCACAUCAGUGAUGAGGCAUAUGAACAUGCUCAACAAAUGUGGGAGAAAUUUGACUGCAAGACCCUGGGAGAGUACAGUGAUCUAUACCUCGAAACAGAUGUUCUCCUACUGGCUGAUGUCUUUGAAAGCUUCAGAGAUAUGUGCUUGAAAAACUAUAACUUGGAUUGUGCUCACUACUUCACAUCACCAGGCUUCUCCUUUGAUGUUAUGCUAAAGUAUACAAAAGUUGAACUAGAACUCCUAAAUGACUACAAAAUGUAUAUGUUCAUUGAACGAGGCAACAGAGGUGGAAUAAAAACAUGUGUUCAUUGA